CCUAAAAACCUACCAUACAGUCUCUUACCCGUCGUCAUCGAGAUAGGAAGUAGUUGGGGUUUUGGGUCGGGUACAAUUUGGAACUCAAAAGUCAAAAAUCACAAAACCCUAACAAAAACCCUAGCUCUCUCAACACCAGCAGACAACAGCAUCAGCAUCAUCUUCUCCAGAGGAAGCCGAUGAAGACUGUAUCAGGCAAAGUAAAAUCUACAACUCCAAUCUCUCUCUCCGAUGCAGCAAAAUCCUUCUCCAAAUUUGCUGUAUCAGACCAUGAAGCUUCACACGCCGUUUCCUUAUAUGUCCAACGUGCUGCCGAUUCAUUCAACAAGCUUGUUAAGGUUCAUCAGAAACUCAGUUCCAAUUGUGUGAAAAAGGAGCAUUCUAAUGAUGAUAUCGAAAUUUCAGAAAGUAGGCGUCAUCACAAGAAAAUUCGGGAGGUGGGUUUAAAGGUUGAAGAUGUAGUGAAGAAUGAGGAUAUCCCAAAUGGGUUCCGAGAAAGCAAGAAUCUUGUCAAGGAAGAAAACCCGGAAGCUGAUACGAGGAAUAAGACCAAAAACUCAUCAAAAGUUGAUAAAGUGAAGGAUCAGAAACUGAUAAAGACUGAACAACGACUCGAUCUAGGCGAAGGAGAGACAGAAACAUCCAACCUAAAUGAGCUGGAGUUUGUUCAAAUAGAUGUGGAACUGGAGCUCAAGGAAGUUAAGGAAGGUGGUAUGACAAGUAGAGAUAAGAAGAAGAAGAAGAAAAAAAAAAAGAAGGAUAGAGGUGUAGGUGACAGUGAGCACGAGGUGGGGAAAGUGGAAGAAGAUUUGGGUAAUAAAGCAGAGGAGGAAGGGAAGAAGAGGAAGAGUAUGGAUCCUGAUGCUGGUGAAAAUGCUGGUUCAGCAGAGCAGAGUAGUAAGAAAAAGAGUAAAAAGAGAAGAAUUGAAGGUGAAAAGUAAUUGAAUUAUCUGAGUCGUAGGAAUAUUGUUGCUGUUGUUGCUGCUAUUGUUGAGGAUCAGAGUUAUACCUUUCUGUGUAACACCUGCGAAUUGUCCCUUGUGGAUAUCAUUGCUAAAGCUGUAUUGAUAUAUCGAUUCAAGUAAUCUUUUUUGAGAUAUGAUUCAAUUUGAAAUGAUUAUGGAUUUAAAGCA